AUGAGGCCGCCGGCGGAGGUCAGCGUGUUUCUCCUUUCUCUCCUGGCUCCUGGAGUUUUGUACACAAUGAACAACAUCCCUGCGCUUCAGGAACCUCUUCCGAUCCUGGGAGUGGGAAUGGUCGUCCUGGGAUCUGUUCUUCUCCUCCUCCUCCUCACUGUGCAACGCAAGACCAAAGUGGACCCUUUAUUCUACGCGUUUGCAGAGUUUUCCUUCACCUGCAUGGUGGGUUUGACCAACGCUUUAGAGCAGGAUGGGUUCAUCUCUGGCUUCAUGGACUUCUACAUAAAGAUGGGGGAACCUCAUCUAAGUACUGCCUAUGCCGUGAUGAUGUCCUACUGGGAGGGAGUUGUUCACUUCGCCCUCUUCCUCACCAUCAUCCACCGCAUGUUUGCAGGGAAGUCCUAUCGCAACCUGGGUCUGCUGUGGGCCGGCUCCUCCGUCGCCCAUCAAAUUGUCUUCAUCCCAGGAGUGGUCAUCGGUAAGUAUGGGUCAAACCUUCGACCGGCGUUUUGGAGGAACAUCCCCUUCUUUUUGGUGCCUAUCUGGGCAGCGUCCCUCCUGUUCAGCAGACCUACACAGAUGCCAGUCAUCCCAGCAGACAAGAUCGCUGCAGAGCAGAAGAAGAGUCUGCUGUCCCGACCUGUCGACCUGGUUCUGUCUCUCCUGUUGCUGGGCUCCAUGGCCUUCUGUGUUUUCAGAGGCUUUGUGGUGCUGGACUGUCCUCUGGACUUCUGUUUCACCUACAUCUACCAGUAUGAGCCGUACCUCAAAGACCCAGUUGGCUUUCCCAGGGUUAUGAUGCUGGUGUAUUUGUUCUACGCUCUGCCGCUGCUCACUCUCCUCAUCUAUGGUCUGAGAACACCUGGAAGCACCUGGAUGUUGGACUGGACCCUCUUCUUUGCUGGUGCCAUGGCUCAGACCCAGUGGUGCCAUAUCGGAGCAUCUCUGCACUCCCGCACUCCCUUCACGUACCGAGUUCCAGCAGACAAACGGUGGCCUGUUAUCAUCCUCAACGCGCUGCUCGCUGCUGCGCCAGCUUUGCUGGCCCUGCGCUGCCACACCAACCCCACUUAUUUUAUGAGACCUGUUCCCAGGGGACAGACCAACAACCAGAAGAAGAAAAACUAG